AUGUUUGAGAUUCCGAACAUGAGUCUGGACACAGCACGAGACGAACUCGGCGCUGAUUUCGCACGCAGGAUCGACGUCGACUUCAAGCAUUCCAAAUGCAUCUGGUGCAAAGCAGGCGGAACCAAAACGAAGAAGAAUAACCAUUCCCUAAUGGACUGUCCUACUACAAAGCCUGCGGAGAACGACCAAACUUCGCUCUCAAAUGAGAUCUUCAAUGCUGGUGAGGGUGAGGGAGAUGCUGCAAUUGCAUGUAUUCAUAAAAAAACAGCUUUCUAUGUAUCCUCAAGAUGA